CCUCCUUCUUCUCCCCCGAGACCCCUACACCCUCCCCGCGCACCGUCUCCAUCCCCCUAUAACAGGCCAGCAGAGUAAACCCCUAAACGCGUCGAGAAGCGGCUCCCAACUCUUCGUGAGGAGCAGGCUGGAGGCUGGAUUUUGGAGAGACUGGGGAUUGGGGUCUAUUGCCAGCACCACCUCCUGGAUCCGGCUUGAUUUUCAUAUUUUAAAGAAGAGGAAUUUUUUAUCUUUGAGCACUCCUUUUUACAAAAUUUCUGCAGGAGCUCAGUAGGGAAGAUUUGGGGGCUCUUAUUCAAGAAAAAGGCACCCAAGGGGCAUUCAUUGAUUUUCCUGUGGUUUUGGAAUCCCCCUCUGGACUACAGAGCGAGCGAGCAGGAGCGAUCAGGGAAGAGUGGCGAGGACCGGCGAGGCGCGCCAGCCGGAGCCGCCUCCUCCUCGGCCGCCCCCUCCCCACUCCCCCGACACACACUCGCUCGCUAGCUCGCCGGCGCGCGCACACCCCCCGCGCCGGACCCGCACCUCAGCGCCCGCCAGAUACUCGGCAGCGCGAGCCGCGGUAGCCGCAGCGGGAUGGAGGCGGCGCGCACAGAGCGCCCGGCAGGCUGGCUGAGGGCGCCGCUAGCCCGGACGGGGCUCUUACUCCUGUCGACGUGGGUCCUGGCCGGCGCGGAGAUCACUUGGGACGUGACUGGUGGUCCCGGGCACCCAGUGGCCCCAGCUUCUCGGUCGCCGGCGUUGCUUCCUCUCUCGCCGCGGACAGUGGCAAGCCAGUGGCCGGAGGAGCUAGCGACCGCCAGAAGAGCUGCCGCGCUGGGGCGCUGGCCCGGGCCAGAGCUGCUGCCCCAGCAGGGCGGCGGCAGCGGCGGUGAGAUGCAGGUUAAAGCCGGAGAGAUGUCGUCCGCAAGCGCGCGGUGGAGCCAGGGCAUCCCAGCUCCUGGCAAGCCUGGCGGAGUCAAGAGGAGUCGCCGGGCUCAGCCCCCCAGCGUCCUGGAGCACGGGGACGCCCGGUCUACUUCCUCGGCCGAUGGUUCUAAAGGAAGCCGCCCUCUGACCAAGGGUUCCCGGGAGGAGAUGAAGGCUCCUCGGGCUGGGGGCUCAGCUGCUGAAGAGCUCCGUCUGCCCAGCACCUCAUUCGCGCUGACCGGGGACUCAGCGCACAACCAAGCCAUGGUGCACUGGUCUGGACACAACAGCAGCGUCAUACUUAUCCUGACCAAGCUGUAUGACUUCAACCUGGGGAGCGUCACUGAGAGUUCACUCUGGAGGUCAACGGAUUAUGGCACCACCUAUGAAAAGCUGAAUGACAAAGUGGGCUUGAAGACUGUCCUCAGUUACCUCUAUGUCAAUCCCACCAACAAAAGGAAGAUCAUGCUUCUCAGUGAUCCUGAAAUGGAGAGCAGCAUCUUGAUCAGCUCAGAUGAAGGGGCGACCUAUCAAAAAUAUCGGCUCACCUUCUACAUUCAGAGCCUGCUCUUUCAUCCCAAGCAGGAGGACUGGGUGCUGGCCUAUAGUUUGGAUCAAAAGCUUUACAGUUCCAUGGACUUUGGAAGACGGUGGCAACUCAUGCAUGAACGAAUCACACCCAACAGGUUUUACUGGUCAGUGGCUGGACUGGAUAAGGAGGAGGACCUGGUGCACAUGGAGGUGCGGACAGCGGAUGGAUAUGCUCACUACCUCACCUGCAGGAUCCAGGAAUGCGCAGAGACAACUCGCAGUGGGCCCUUUGCCCGUUCCAUUGACAUCAGUUCUCUGGUUGUCCAGGAUGAAUAUAUCUUCAUUCAGGUAACAACAGGUGGAAGAGCCAGCUACUACGUGUCUUACCGAAGAGAGGCCUUUGCCCAGAUAAAGCUGCCCAAGUACUCAUUGCCGAAGGACAUGCACAUCAUCAGUACAGAUGAGAACCAAGUGUUUGCCGCAGUCCAAGAGUGGAACCAGAAUGACACAUACAACCUCUACAUCUCAGAUACAAGCGGGAUCUACUUCACUCUCGCCAUGGAGAACAUCAAGAGCAGCCGAGGGCUAAUGGGAAACAUCAUUAUUGAAUUGUAUGAGGUAGCAGGUAUCAAAGGGAUAUUCCUGGCAAACAAGAAGGUGGAAGACCAGGUGAAGACAUACAUCACUUACAACAAAGGCAGGGAUUGGCGCCUACUGCGAGCUCCAGACCUAGACCUGCAAGGAAGCCCAGUGCACUGCCCACUGCCCUUCUGUUCCUUACACCUGCAUUUGCAGCUCUCUGAAAAUCCGUAUUCUUCUGGAAGAAUCUCCAGCAAGGAGACAGCUCCAGGACUUGUGGUGGCUACAGGCAACAUUGGCCCGGAGCUCUCAUAUACUGAUAUUGGUGUCUUCAUCUCCUCCGAUGGUGGCAACACGUGGAGACAGAUCUUUGAUGAAGAGUACAGUGUCUGGUUCCUAGACUGGGGUGGAGCCCUCGUGGCCAUGAAACACACACCUCUGCCAGUCAGGCGUUUGUGGGUGAGUUUUGAUGAGGGCCACUCCUGGGACAAGUACAGUUUCACUUCGGUUCCUCUCUUUGUUGACGGGGCUCUGGUGGAGGCAGGAGUGGAGACCCACAUCAUGACAGUUUUUGGCCACUUCAGCCUCCGCUCGGAAUGGCAGUUGGUGAAAGUGGACUACAAAUCUAUCUUCAGCCGACGCUGUACCAAGGAGGACUAUCAGACCUGGCACCUGCUCAACCAGGGAGAGCCUUGCGUCAUGGGAGAGAGGAAAAUAUUUAAGAAACGUAAACCAGGAGCACAGUGUGCGCUGGGCCGAGACUACUUGGGAUCCGUGGUCUCAGAACCCUGUGUCUGUGCCGACUGGGACUUCGAGUGUGACUAUGGCUAUGAGAGACAUGGGGAAAGCCAGUGCGUCCCAGCUUUCUGGUACAAUCCAGCAUCCCCAUCAAAGGACUGCAGCCUCGGUCAAAGCUACCUUAACAGCACUGGGUACCGUCGGAUUGUGUCCAACAACUGCACUGACGGGCUGAGAGAGAAGUACACUGCCAAGGCCCAGAUGUGCCCCGGUAAAGCCCCUCGGGGCCUCCAUGUGGUGACGACCGAUGGGCGCCUAGUGGCAGAGCAGGGGCACAAUGCGACCUUCAUCAUUCUCAUGGAGGAGGGUGAUCUCCAAAGGACAAACAUCCAGCUUGACUUUGGGGAUGGGGUUGCCGUGUCCUAUGCGACCUUCAGUCCCAUCGAGGAUGGCAUCAAGCACGUGUAUAAGAAUGCGGGGAUCUUCCAGGUGACAGCCUAUGCAGAGAACAGCCUUGGCUCAGACACAGCUGUCCUCUUCCUGCAUGUGGUCUGUCCCGUGGAGCACGUUCAUCUCCGAGUUCCAUUUGUCGCCAUAAGAAAUAAGGAGGUCAACAUCAGUGCGGUUGUGUGGCCCAGCCAGCUGGGAACCCUUACCUAUUUCUGGUGGUUUGGCAAUAGCACCAAGCCCCUCAUCACCUUGGACAGCAGCAUUUCCUUCACUUUCCACACUGAGGGAACCAACACCAUCACCGUCCAGGUGGCUGCUGGGAAUGCCCUUAUCCAGGACACAAAAGACAUCGCAGUUCAUGAAUACUUCCAGUCACAGCUCUUGUCAUUCUCUCCUAACCUGGAUUACCAUAAUCCUGACAUUCCUGAGUGGAGGCAAGAUAUUGGCAAUGUCAUCAAGCGAGCUCUGGUUAAAGUAACCAGUGUCCCAGAAGAACAGAUCCUCAUUGCCAUGUUCCCUGGCCUGCCCACUUCAGCAGAGCUUUUCAUCCUCCCACCCAAGAAUCUGACAGAGAGGAGGAAAGGCAAUGAAGGGGACCUGGAACAAAUUGUAGAGACACUGUUUAAUGCUCUAAACCAAAAUUUGAUCCAGUUUGAGCUGAAGCCAGGGGUUCAAGUCAUUGUGUACGUCACACAGUUGACAUUAGCUCCAUUGGUGGACUCCAGUGCUGGGCAUAGCAGCUCAGCCAUGCUCAUGCUCUUAUCUGUGGUGUUUGUCGGCCUGGCUGUGUUUUUGAUCUACAAGUUUAAAAGGAAAAUCCCCUGGAUUAACAUCUAUGCCCAAGUCCAACACGACAAGGAGCAGGAGAUGAUUGGGUCAGUGAGCCAAAGUGAAAAUGCCCCCAAAAUCACACUCAGUGACUUCACCGAGCCUGAGGAGCUGCUGGACAAAGAGCUGGACACCCGGGUCAUAGGAGGCAUUGCCACCAUUGCAAACAGCGAAAGCACAAAGGAGAUCCCCAACUGCACUAGUGUUUAAUACCAACAAGCCACAUGGUCAACCACCUUUCUGACUUUUUAUUUUUGAUGAUUACUGUUACUAUUAUUAUGGAAAAAUUAAAAUGUCUUUUUUACCUUUUGUUUACCAAGGGCCCCUUCCUAAGUAGCAGGAAGAUGCUUAGCUUUGGGAGAACAGAUGCAUUCUUAGCUGAUUAAAAUGGGACAGAAAUAAUCAAUGGCUGUUUGUGCUAAGGGCAAAGGAUGAAUCUUCCCCCAGCCUCCUUGCUUUGUUCUAUCAUCAGAAGCAUAAAAACACUCUCUUUUUUUUUGCAGUCUCUCUUUCCUUUUGUUUAAGUUGGGUUGGCUUUUUGUCAAGUUCCUGCCACCUCAAAAUCACCAACACCCCUCCCUUAGUGCACACCUAAGCAACACAAACCAUUGCCCAGUUAGAUCCCGGGAGGCAGGUUGGUGGGGAGUGGAGGUUGCUGCAGAAAGCAUGCACACCUUUAGGAGAGAGGCCCUGCCUUGCACAUGUCAAUAGUGAGGCAACAGGUGGCUUACUGUAUAUAAUUACAAUGUAAAUAGCUUUUUAUUUCCUAAGAAAUAAUUUAAUGUUUAGUAAAAAAGAAAAGAGAAAAAAGAAAAGAUGCGUGUGUUGGCUUGUGCACUGACCCUCAGAGCUGACCGACCUGCCAGGCUGCCAUAUGCUGAGCCUGGAUGCUCUCCUGUUGUCUGGACCACUUAACUCUUGCAUCUCCUUGUCCACGCCAUAGCUGGUUUCUACUUAUGUACAUAAAGGGGUGGGGGGAGGGCUUCUUUGGGGCAAUUGAUUAAGGAAGGACUCUAGUGCCAUCAUAGGACAAGGGGGUCAUUUUUGUUCCUACAAUGACAUGGAAGAAGUUGCAAGAUGAGGCCCACUAGAGACUUCAAAGUGAAACUCAGAUGGGGAAAAAGGCUUCCUCUCUAAAAGGACAAAUCUGAAGGUGUUUAUCAGCCUGAGAAAAUAGUUUUCUCUGGAAAAUCCGGGCAAUGGAUCUAAAAAUGACAAGUCAUCUAUUUUCUGAUUGGAUUUUCUGUAAAUGUCUUAUGCUGACGCUGAAUUCUCAGGCUACUCUCAGCUCAGAAAAGUCCCCUGGAUGUGAGGGGAAAGCCCAGUGAGUGCUUCUUGGCAUGGGAAGGGUGGUAGAGGUUGGGAGGGAUGUGGGAUUUGUGAAAUCCCGAGUCCGUGCAAACCCUGCAGGCCAAAUAGGGGUCUAGCCUUUAAUGAUAUUAGUCAAAGGCAAUUUUAGCAAAGCUGUGCUAUUUGCUUGUCAGAUGUACACAACUUCCUUAAAGUCAAAUGUCUGCCUUCCGUUCCCUUAAAGUAGUUCUUGCCUCUGGGGGUGAGUGGCUUUUGCAGCAGCUCGGCCCCUUCAAACAUUUACACAUACCAGUUCUUUUCAAUAGGGUCACUUUAAGCCAUGCUAUAAGCAUUGUUUUUAUUUUCAGGCUUAGCCUGAGCACACUUGUUUAAAAAAAAAAAAAAAGAUAUACUGUAUAUAUUUGGGAGGAAAGGCCACGUUUUGUACCUGUUAAUUUUUGUGGGAUGUUGUUCCCAUUCUUCUCUGUGAGACACAGAAUGUGAUCUAGAGGAAUCUGGCUGCCUAUAGCAUAGAUCCCUAUGAGGAAUAUUUCUAAAGAUCCUGCUUUUCUUUGUUUCAAGGGUUAAAUGGGGCAGACAAUUGCAAUACUUGUACUAAGCACUGGAAUACGAAUGCAUGAGUCUCAUCUAUAUAUACAGUAUAUGUACAUAUACUGUUCUUGGUUUUAUUGUUCCACUUGAAUAUUUCUACUGUAAAAAAAAGACAGUGGUUUUGAAAUUGUUGAAAAUAAAUGUAUUUUUGUACAUCAAAGCUA